AUGCCGCCACAGCCCUCAGGGACUCGGGGCAGCUCCCAGUCCUUACUGUAUAAACCCAGCAAACCUGGAAACCCCAAGAUCACACUUGGAGCCCACUGGGAAUGGGUUUGGGCGCAUGAAGCCUUACUGGUUUAUACUGGGAGCUGCCGCCGCGGCCCUCAGGGGCUCGGGGGCGCCUCCCAGUCCUUACUGGUUUGUACUGGUGCCCUCCCAGUCCACGCCUGGGAGCACCGGCGGGCUCUGGUGGCCGGGCAGGACCCCGAGGCCGAGCUGGCGUUCGCCGGGGCGCUGCUGAGCCGCGACUUCUCCAACUUCUCGGCCUGGCACCACCGGCUGCGGCUGCUGGCGCCCGCCCGGGGCGAGCCCGGGGCGCUGCCGCCUGAAAAGCUGAAGGAAGAGCUGGAGCUGGUGCAGAACGCCGUCUUCACCGACCCCACGGACCAAAGCGCCUGGGUGUACCUGCGCUGCAUCCUCUCCCGAGCCCCCCCGCCGCCAAGGGUUAUCUGUCUCCAUGUCGACCGUGAGGACGCGACGCUGGCUGUCAUCUUCUCCCGGCCCGUCAAGGUGAACCCGGAGUGCCCGGAGCUGAAGGCGACCGUGGACGGCUCCGCCCUGGCCGGGCCGUGGCGCUCGGCCGAGGGGCGGCCACGCCCCAGCUACACCUGGCUCUGCCACCUCCCUGCCCCGCCCACCGAGAGCCCCGCCCACCUGGAGGUCACCUGGGCUGACUCCGCCCCCCGCCAGGUGACGCUGCUGCCAGGUGAGGCCGAGGCGUGGUGGCAGGAGCCAAUCGUGGAGCGGGAGCUGUUUUGGUGAGCCACGCCCCCUUUUUUGGCAAAGCCACGCCCCCUUUCCCUCAACCCCCACCUCCUUGGGCCACACCCACAUUGAGCUGCCAAUCAUACUUCUAAAUGGGGUGAAGCCACGCCCCUUUUACACAAACCACGCCCCUUUUACCCAAACCACGCCCCUUAAUUAAGCCACGCGCACCCCUGCUGCCAUUCCUUCCCAUGGGUUUGAGCCACGCCCACCCAAUUCCUAAUCCCAUUAAGCCCCGCCCCCUUGCUGCAAGCCACGCCCCUUUGUGACAAGCCACGCCCCCUUUUGAGCUAUGACCACGCCCCUUUCUGCAAAGCUCCGCCCCCUUUUCAAGCCCCGCCCCUU